AUGUGGCUUGCUAGAUCGAAAGACUAUGAGCUGGUGGACAGCGAUCACGAUGUUGAACUCGGGUCUUCCUUGAUCGGGGCCCGCACACGCAGAUUGACUUCGGACCUGCACGAACAUAUUGUGUUAUGGGCCUUAUACGUCGUAUCCGUGUGCGCCGCUCUGAGCGCUAUAGCAGUCGGCUACGCAAUCUGGAAUCAGCCAGGCAUCAUCACAGUGGCUUUGAAGUCGGACUUGAAGAAGCUGGAGUGGCGUAGUACCUACAUCGACUUCGACGUUCUGUACGGUCCAAAUGCUCGAGGACCACGUCCGAUCUUCGCGCCCUUCAUCCAACACGCCGCUAUCAUGGCCCCGGUGUCAAGAGUACAUGUCUCAAAUGUCUACACUCCGCCAACAAAGUACGCACUGCUGCCGCACGAAGGAUACGCGUCUGUGCAGUCGCGGCGUCUACUCGUUACAGAUGAGAUGUCGACAAUCGCACAGUUCCGCACUCUGGAUUGGGGCAUGGACAACUGCACGGUUGAGAUCGUGCUACCUCCGAUUACCAACGACGUGACCACUCUUAACCGGAUACACGCGCCUUCAGAGAUCGCUCUUUGGCUUCUCGACCCAAGCAGUGAACUAGACGUCAAGAAGCUGUCGUUCUCUACUAAGCCAGCUCGUGUCACGUCUCUCGGCCGCUUAACGGUGUCCCCGGGUGUGAACGUAACAUCUCCGACAUUCACCUGCCCUCGGGACGCGUUUCCGACCAUCGAGAUCGAAUGCUCCGGUCCUAUGUGCGACCUUGACGUCCUGCAUACGGGACGAGCUGAAGGAGGCUUGUUUCUACGUCAGGCUCAGAGCGUAUUCUAG